AUGAAUCCCACAAAGUCUGCAGCACGUAACGUCACUCGGACUCCUCUGCGUGCUGUUCCAAAUCAGAAGCGAGUUCGACGAAACAUUACCGAAGAAUUUGGAGGAAAGGACCCAGAAUUAAGUGUGAAUACGAAUCUACACUCGCAUGGUAAGUUUUUUUUUGAUUUUUUCAUAUUUAGGGGGCAUCUAUUAUGACAACGGUAUAAGUAUUGAGAUUAUCGAGACGGAUUUCUCGCAAAAGUUUUGAUUUUUUAAAUAAUGUUUAAUCGUUUUAAGAUACAAUAUCGGGAAUUAGUAAUUACCUUCUUUUGAGAUGUUUCAACAAUUAAUUUAAAAAAUAUUCUGGGGGUUUUGUUCUGCAUCGUGUCUUUUCAAAAAUUUACAAUUUUAAACUUAUCUUGUCUACUGUUACUGAUUAGUAUGAAAGUAGUCAAAUAUGUUUCGAAAGCUUUCGCGAAAGAGUCUCCCACAAGGCAGACAAAACGGCUCUCUUCGUGUUCUGUUUACUCUCAAAUCGUUAAAAGAAGGCCUUCUAAAUUUAGCGAAUUUUUAUAAAUAUGGUUUUAAAAAACUUAUAAAUUGUUAAUUUCAGGUUACAAGCGCCAAAAAGUUGUGUCAAGCCCGUCGUUGGUGUCCGCUUAUUCAAAUGAGUCAACGGAUGUGGAAGAUGAACGGGAUUGUGAUGCAGAACAACCUUCGACCAGCAAAGGAGUGAAAGAAGAAGUGGCCGAUAAAAAUGUAGGAAUAUGGGAUUGGAGAGCUACACAAAUCGGGUCUUUUAUGAAAAAACGAAGGUAUCUGGCUUUGAAGAAAAGAUUGGAUGUCGAAGGUACUGGAAGUAAGCUUUUUUUUUAUAAAGUUUUUAUAUAAUAUUUUACAAAUUUUCUUUUGUAAGUGACGUUUUUUGUUCAAAUUUAUGUUUUUAAACGUUUUUGGUAUAAUAUACUGUUUUAGGUAAAGAAAUCUUUUCUAACGACUCAGAAAUUUUUCUACGACAUCCAGCUGUCGCUAUUAAAACCAAAAGAUCAAAGUGUAAGUUUUCUUAGUAUUUUUUAAGUUUAGGUAACAAUUAAAGCUUUCGAAACUUUACCAAGUAUUUUCACUAAAAUCCUUCUUUUUAGAUGAUCCACACGAAGAAUGUUUUGUCACAGACAUCUCCCACAGAACCAAACGAGUAGUACUAUUUCGAAAAAGACGGCAUGCACAAAUAUCCGGACAAGUUACCGACGAAAUGGUACGGAAAGUUCAAGUUCCCGUGGAUAUUGUGCCAGAAGAACGGAUUUGGUUUUCACACGAUUUGACAGAUUAUAUCAACGAAGAGAUCAAGAGAAACGUUGAUAUACCUAUGAUAAUGGAAAUGAGCCCAGCAGACGCUCCGGAUGUUGUUCACGUUAGACGGUUAACAGACGAUGUGGCCCAAUAUUUCAUGGAUGAUAAAGAUAAACGGUUUUGGUUACAGCUAAACAAAAAUUUGGAGGAAAAGUCAGUAGGGAACAAGAGAGACGAAAACAAUAAAAAAGUUAUUGAGCCAUUGUUGAUUAGGCUACGGAACAUCGACUUUUCUUAUAUUAUGGGUGUUUUGGAGACAGUUUGCUUUAAGGUUUGUUUAUGUUCUUUUUAGUAUAAGGUGAAAAGAAAUUUACUGGUUUAUUAAGAAAUUGUAUAGUCAGAUGUCUGAAUUAUGUAGCUAAACGCUGACAUUUUCAGGAGAUUCACGGAAUCUUGUUAAAUGUGUUGAAUGUUCCCAAUCAAGCAGAAGGCGAAAGUGCAUUUUGCGAAAUAUGCCAUUCGGAAACCAGCGAUUCUACUGACCCGAUAGUAUUUUGUGAAGGAUGUAAUCUCUCCGUGCACCAGAAAUGCUUCGGCAUUACAGAAUUACCUAAAGAUGAAUGGUAUUGUGACGUGUGUAAGGAAUAUAACAAAAAAGUUGAAGUCAGAUGCAAGUUUUGUCCAUUAACAAACGGCACAAUGAAGCAUACGAUUGAUGGCGGUUGGGCUCAUUUUUCAUGUUCUAUUUGGCAGGUUGAUCUGAGGUUUGACGACUUGACCACUUACUCUUUGGUUAGCCACGAAUGGAAUUUGAAACCCGAAAGUUUUUUGAAGAUCUGUUGCGUAUGCGACUUGAGAUACGGAAGCUGUAUCAAAUGCACUGCUCCCGGAUGUAAAAUGGCGUUUCAUCCUACGUGUGGUGUACGUGGUGGACUGUUGAUGUUCAUCGAAGACAACGAAAGCUCUAAAAUGGGAGUAAAAAUGUUGUCUUUUUGUUAUUAUCAUUCUGAAGAAGCUUUGAAGGCUCAAAAAGACAACUAUAAACGUGAAGCCGAAGAAAUCGUUCAGUGCGAUGAGGACGACAAUGUGUAUGAGAAGUCGUAUAAAAUGUCUCAGGAAGUACGCAGAGUUGCCGAAGAAGGAUACAAAAGGUCGAAGUUAAGAAAAGUCGAAGAUAAUUUUGAUAGUCUGGUGAAUUGGCGGAAGAUGGCAGAUGAUUUGGGAAUUUCAAGGGACAUCAUGAAAGAAAUAUUUUACUAUUGGACGGAGAAACGAAGAGAAAACAACAAUAGAAUUAUGGUUAAUCAAAUGGAAUUGAACGAAAUUUACAUCAAAAAAGCUUUGACGUUCGAUUAUGUUGUUAACAAGGAACAGCCUUCUGUACCAGAAGAGACAAGUGAACAAAAUGCUGGUUUGGUAAAAGAAUUUUCGGAUGCACAUUGGAAGCUGGAUAGAGUAAGUUGCUAUACUUAUUAUUUAGCUUUUACAUUUUAAACGCUGUAUUUUUGUAAAAUAAUAUUAUUACUAUGUCUUACCUUUUCAGUGCCGCAACUUGUGUACCUUAACAUUACGGCGAGAAAAGCUGAAGUUGAUGAAGGUCGUGGCCUUAAAAGAAGCUGUGGAUUGGGUUAUGGGUGAAUCUCCAGAAAAUAUGAGCCAUUUUAGUUCUCGAACAAUGGAGAAACUGCUGGGAUUUUGGACGGAGUUCUCGGGAAAAGCUUCCAAACCAUCAAAAAGUGUGUUGAAGAAAACGAAGUCUGAGAAAGUGAGUGAUUUGAAAACCUUAUUUUCCGACUUAUUGGACCAGUUUGUUGACCUAGAUCCUUCAAUUAUUGAUGACAUAGAUGAGUUGGAGUAA